UGUACUUGUUUCUCCCCUAUAUAUCGAAGGAUGAAGCUUGUGAAUUGCAUAUUGCUGUUGGCACUUGCCAGCUUUACGCAGGCAAUUUGGCUCGACACAAACAACGUGACUACUAUUGAGUAUGAUACCGCGUUGAUCGCCAAAGGUUUGCUUGAUUAUUACGAUGGAUCCAAGUAUGGUGGAACUAUUGGGAUGUUCACAUGGCCAUACUAUUGGUGGGAAGCUGGUGGAGCAUGGGGGUCGCUCAUAGAUUACACUUACUACAUGCAAAACGAUACUUUGGUUCCACUCAUCAAGCAAGCGCUUUUGUAUCAAACGGGUAACGAUGACAAUUAUAUCCCACUUAACCAAUCCACUACCGAAGGUAAUGAUGAUCAAGGGUUCUGGGGGAUUGCUGUUAUGGCCGCCGCCGAAAAGAACUUUUCAAACCCAGAUGAUCCAGCCCAAGGAUGGUUGGCUCUAACCCAAGGUGUAUUCAAUACCAUGACUGCUAGAUGGGAUCUUGGUGAAUGUCAAGGUGGUCUUAGAUGGCAAAUUUUCCAAUGGAACUCUGGUUACGACUACAAGAACUCUGUUUCCAACGGAUGUCUCUUCCACUUGGCUGCCCGUUUAGCUAGAUACACGGACAACAGCAGUUAUGCUGAUUGGACAGAAAAAGUUUGGGAUUGGAUGCUUGGUGUUAAUCUUAUCCAUGAAGGUCAAUAUUGGGGAAACCACGGGAACUUGUUACAACAAGGAGAACCAUACUACUUCAUCUAUGAUGGUGUUAAUGUAGGUGGUAACUGUUCCAAUGUCACCGAAUUGUUAUGGACUUAUAACCAAGGGUUAUUCCUUUCUGGAGCUGCAUACUUGUACAACUAUACCAAGGACGAAAUUUGGUACAAUAGAACUGCUGCCUUAUUACGUGGGGCAUCUAUCUUUUUCGUUAAUAAUUCCGUCAUGUACGAAGCGUCGUGUCAAAGUUCAAAGACUUGUAACCAAGAUCAACGGUCUUUCAAGGCCUAUUUUUCAAGAUUCCUUGGGUUGACCUCGGUCAUGGUCGCUGAUACCGAACCAACCAUUACUUCCUGGCUUGUGGACUCUGCUAAUGCCGCUGCCCACUCAUGUUCGGGAGGUUCGGAUUGGCAUACCUGUGGGUUGGAUUGGACCAAUUCUACGGGUUGGGAUGGUUUUUGGGGAUUAGGUGAACAAAUGUCCGCAUUGGAAGUAAUGACCAACUUGCGUGUUCACAAUGUACCUGCGCCAUACACUGCCAAGAAUGGUGGGUCUUCCAUUGGGAACCCUGCUGGAGGUUAUGCCACCACUCUCACAGACGCAUCGCCUUUGGCAAUUGAUGCAGGUGACAAGGCCGGGGCCAGUAUCAUCACCGUGAUCAUCAGUGUUUCAUUGAUUGGAUCGGCAGUGUGGUUACUCAUUUAAAUCUAGGUAAUAAAAGUAAAUACAAGAAAAGAAAAAAAAAAACUUAAGAAAGGUCUACAUGAAUGAUUGAUAGAGGA